GUGCGUCAUCAGCUGAUUGCUGGGACAUGUGUUAUUGACAGUUUGUUUUUGUGUUUGUUGAGUAUUUCUUACAAUUCCGACGAUUGCCCAUUGUUAUGAAACUAUUGAACGUGAAGAGUUGUCAAGUCUCUGGUCAAUUAAUAUAGUUGGGUGAUAAUUAUGACACGUGAUUUAAUUUAUUUGGUCGUUCUGGUCUACGUCGUUAGCAAUACUGUCGAAUCAUGGCGGUUCAGGGGAGAUCAACGGUCUCCAGUGAUUCUGGUUCCAGGAGAUGGUGGAAGCCAAGUAGAAGCAAAAUUAAACAAAUCCUCAGUGGUGCAUUAUCUCUGCGAGAAAACAUCAACAGAGUUCUUUAACAUAUGGCUGAAUCUCGAGCUGCUAGUCCCCAUCGUCAUCGACUGUUUCAUCGAUAACAUGAAAUUGACGUAUGAUAAUAAGACUAGACUAACGAGCAACUCUCCUGGAGUCGAUAUUAAUAUCCCCGGAUGGGGGGAUCCUCUCGUGGUUGAGUGGCUGGACCCCAGCAAGGCGUCGCCUGGCAGUUACUUCAAAGAUGUUGGGAACAUGCUGGUCAAUGACCUGGGAUACGUGAGGAAUGGGUCGCUGAGGGGGGCGCCCUACGAUUUUAGAAAGGCUCCAAAUGAAAAUGGAGAGUUCUUCGUCAAAUUACAGUCUCUGAUCGAGGAAACUUAUAUCAUGAACAAUAAACAGCCAGUGACACUCAUAGCACACAGCAUGGGGGGUCCAAUGUGUUUGUUGUUUCUUCAACGUCAGAGUCAAAAGUGGAAAAACAUGUACAUUAAUAGUUUAAUAACUCUUGGCGCUGUUUGGGGUGGAUCGGUGAAGGCGUUGAAGGUGUUCGCUAUUGGGGACGAUUUGGGUGCUUAUCUUCUUCGUGAAAGUAUCCUGAGGAAUCAGCAAAUCACAAGUCCAAGUCUUGGGUGGCUGAUCCCCUCCAAGCUCUUCUGGAAGUCCUCGGAGGUGCUCGUGCAGACGCAAACGAGGAACUACACUUUAGAUAAUCUUCAACAAUUUUUUUUGGAUAUUAACGUUCCAGAUGGCUGGGAAUUCCGAAAAGAUACUGAGCAGUAUCAGGCCGAUUUCACAGCUCCAGGGGUUGAAAUUCAUUGUCUUCAUGGGGCUCAGGUGGACACAGUUGAGAGACUCUACUACAAACCAGGAGCCUCUCUGGACAGUCGUCCCCAACUGAUAAAUGGUGAUGGGGAUGGAACAGUAAAUGCGAGGAGUCUCGAAGGGUGUCUGCACUGGAAAGAUAAGCAAAAAGCAAAGGUCUAUCACCAGGCGUUUCCCAACGUCAACCACAUGCAGAUCCUCAGUAGUCCAGCAGUCCUCAACUACAUAAAAACCGUUCUGACCUUUUGAUAUUGAUCUCACAACCUGAUGAGGCAAUAGUUAAAAGAAUAAUGUCUUCGUGUAGAAGAAAUACCCGGAAUAACAGGAAAAACAACUACAACAAUUCAGGAUUUUAAUUAUAAGUCAGAAGAAAAAAAAACAUCAGUUAGAAUUAAUGAAACUCUUGCUCUCCCUGCACGAGUUGUUUUAUGAUUUUUUUUUACCUCGAUAAGUUGAAACGCUCAAUGAUUCACAUUUAACUUUUAAUGAUAGAUAACAAGUCUGAUUUUGAUUAUCUCCCCCCUUUUUCCAAUUAGUCGGGAAAAUUUGUCUAUAAAUACUCCAGUCAUUGUUAGUGUAUUAACAAACCACUGGCAGCAACAACUUCUCAUGACACCACAAUGGUUACUCCAGAGUAGAUCUUGUCCAUAGAAUUAAAGUUCGCCAAAUUAAUUGUAAACUAAUAUACGUAAGUUAUAUUUUUAUCAAGAUUCAAGAUUGAUUGUAAAUAAUAAAGGACUAUACUUCCUUAUCCUAAAAUAAAUGUGAUAUUAAACUAAUGACUUCCAGGUUUUGCUCUUUGAGCAGCAGUGACUGGGUAAUUACGUGGAUUAGUGACUUUCAUCGAAAAUAAUUAUGAAAAUUCAAAAGACAAAAAACAGUAGUUUAUUCCAGACUCGGAUCUUGCAAUCUCUACUCUACUUUACACAUCCGUCCCGUUAAUUUUUAAUUACAAAUAAAAUUCAUACGUACAUUGUUUGAACCUAGAUAUUUAACACGUGUUAUAAUUUGCACUUUCAUUAAUAAUUUUCUCUUCAAUAUAUUAUAAUAAAUAAUUCACAGUGAUUUACUUUUCCG